AUGGCAGCGCCGAUCGCAAUGCUACCUCCAUUUAUGACGAUUAGCCGUGAGUAUUGGUGUCAUGUAGCUGGUGACCUUCCAUUUACUCCUUCAAUAGGAAUGGUUGUUAAGUACUUGCCUUUUGGGCAUCUCGAGCAUUCUGAUCUUGAACCAGAUGAUGACUUCUCCAUAGAACAAACAAUGCAAAAUCAUUACCAGGUAUCGUUUACGUGUACUAUAUCAGACAUUGACUUUCUUAUUGAUACCACCAGUGAAGAAAUAUUCUGCCAUAUUACCCUGCACCAUAAUCUUUUUCCCAUGCUUAACCCUCCCAUGCCUGUUCUUGAAUCCACCAUCACUAGUUAUUGUUGGAAAACAAUGACACCCGCUGAUGAAAAUAAUAAGUUGUAUCUUACUGCCGAGUGUAGAAAUGUUUUUACACCUCACGUGGGAACAGAGCAAAUUACGAUUGAAGACAUGAUAGGAGCUUCAUGGCGUUUUAGCCAUUCCGCUGGAAAAAAUAACACCUACCACUUCAGUGCGGGAUGGAAUGUUUUUCGACUCGCAAAAAGACUUGUCAGAGGUGAUAAAUUGUUUUUUGCAAAGACAACCGCUGGAACUUACAAGGUUUGUAUUAAAAGAGUCUCAAGGGAAGGAGCAACUUUUGGACCCAACCGAUCUUUGGUGAGGGGAGUGAAUAGCGUUGAAGAUUCUUUGCUGGCCCUAAUGGAAGGGGAAGAUAUUGAGUUUAAAGUGGUAUUUCAUCCUUCAUUGCCGAGUUUUAUUGUAAAUCCAACUUAUUUGGAUUUUGCUCAAACAUUUAACUACGUCAUUGGUACGCGUGUGAAAUUUUGCGGAGUUCCAGCUUCGAUCAUUAACAUCAAUAGACGUGAAAUAGAUAUAACAGUCGCGGGACCUAACGCCUUCUCAUGGAGAAUGGUACAGGUAUUGGCUGAUGGACAAGUGGAAAGUGAAUCGGCAAACAUCUGGGAGCUUGCUCUUAAUUAG